AUGUGUAUGGCAACAAGAAACAGUACUGUUCCAGAUGGUGGCAAGGUCGACUUUAGACUGCCAGCAGAUAUAAAGCCAAUAUCGUACGACUUAGACAUAGUUCUAAAAGAGAACAACAGCAAAUUCGCAGGAGCUGUAUCUAUUAGGGCCGAUGUUAUGGAGGACACAGAUAAGAUAUCAUUCCACAUGAAAGAGCUAAAGAUCGAGAGUAUGCAGGUUGUUAUACUGGAGGAUUCAGGAGAAACUCUAGUGCAUUUGCUGGAUAGUGUACAGAACAUACCAGAGGAGGUGCCAAACUCAAUUGCAACAGUAAGGACAACAAAAAAGCUGCAGAAGGGCAGCGAGAUUCUGAUAAACAUAAAAUACAUAGGAAAUGUAUCAGAUGACAUGGCUGGGUUCUACAAAAGCGAGGAUAAGGAGGGAGGCGUGACCAGGUAUAUAUACUCUACACAGUUUGAGGCAACGUCUGCCCGACUUGCAUUCCCCUGCUGGGACGAGCCAAUAUUCAAGGCAAUGUUUAACAUUUCAAUUACAGCGCCCUCAAAGUUCACAGUUCUGUCAAACUCAGAGGUUUCUGACAGAAAAGAAAAAAUAGUCUUGGAUGCGCCAGGAGAAGAAGACAGCAUAUCGUAUACGAAGCACGUCUUCAAGCCAACACCAAUAAUGUCCACGUACUUAGUGGCCUGGGUGAUUGGAGAGCUGGACUAUGUUGAGAAGGAGCGGAUUAAGGUGUACACUCCACCCAACCAAAAGCACACAGGAGAGUUUUCGCUGGAUGUAGCCGUGCGGUGUUUGAAGUUCUUUGAGGAAUUCUUUGGAAUUGAGUACCAGAUGGAAAAGCUGGAUAUGGUGGCAAUUCCAAACUUCUCGGCAGGCGCCAUGGAGAACUGGGGGCUGGUCACAUAUAGGUCAUCUUCUCUGUUAUACAGAGAGGAAAGCACAAGUGAGAUUCAGAAGGUGUACAUUGCAGAGACAGUCUGCCACGAGCUGGCACACCAGUGGUUUGGAAAUCUUGUAACAAUGAAGUGGUGGAACGACCUGUGGCUGAAUGAGGGAUUUGCCACAUGGGCCGGAACACUUGCUACAGCAUACAUGGCAGAGGACAUAAAGCUGGUGUACAACCCAUGGGAGCUGUUUUUGGAAGGGGACAUCACUCGCGGAAUGAUCAUGGAUGGAAAGAUGUCUACGCAUCCAAUAAAUGUAAAGGUGGACUCUGUUGGAGAAAUAUCCUCAAUCUUUGAUGCCAUCUCGUACUCAAAAGGUGCGUCUAUGAUUCACAUGCUGUCAAAGUAUGUGCACGAGGAGUAUUUCAUGAAGGGGCUGCGAAAGUACAUACAGAAGUACAAGUAUGGAAAUACAGAGACUAAAGACCUGUGGGCAGAGAUUGAUGGAGGAGACAACGAAAUCAUAAAGUCAAUGUCAAACUGGAUAGACACCCCGGGCUUCCCACGCAUCCAGGUGUCAAUGGAUAAUGGAAGUUUUGUUUUGAAGCAGUCAAGAUAUCUGCCUGCAAAGGACCUGGAGGGCGCAGGACAGGAGAGGCCCGAGCAGUGGAUGGUCUUCUUAACAAAGAAGGUCUUUGCAGAGAACUCAGCCCCUGAGGAGCACUCUUUGAUGUUUACAGAGAAAGAGAGAAAGAUGCAGGAAGAAAAUGGAUAUAUCAUGUUCAAUGCGGAUUCCACUGGAUUCUACCUAAUGGAGUAUUCAGACGAGGUUCUGGAGAAGCACAUACUUCCACUGCUUGCAUCAGACAGCCUUACCCAGUUUGAUCGAUUUGGCAUUUUCCGAGACAUGAUGCGUCUGUCUAAGGAUGGGCACAAGGAUGCAAUAUACUCUUUGAACGCUCUUCAGUAUGUGAAGGAGACAGAGAGGGCAUUUAUUGUGUCUCUUGUGUCUGAAUACCUAGAGAUGGUUAGAAAUCGAUUUAGAAACGAAAAGGACAUUGAUCUGGCAGUUUCAACAGAGAUCUCAAAUCUUUUGCAAAAGUACAUUGAUGGAGUGUCAAGUUUUGAGAGUACUCCAGAGGACUCAGAAACCAAGAAGCUAAGGAUUAUUGCAGUGUGUAUUCUCUCGCAGAUUCCAGACUCACCUAUCCAGAAAGAAGUAAUGCGGCUUGCAGAGGCAAACGAGCUUUCAAAGGUGCACAAGGAUUAUAAGAUGAGUAUGUACAUCUCAUAUGCCAAGUUUGGAGGCGAGAAGGCAUAUGAUUUCUUGAAUGGAAUAAUACAAAACCGAACUGCAGAUGAAAAUGAAAAGCUGCGGGCAAUAAGGGCCAUCUCAUUUAGCGAAGAGAAGCUAGAAGAUGCAUUCAAGCUUUUCUCUGAGAGAAACCAAUAUAUCAAGAGCCAGGACAAGUUCCGAAUGGCUGAUGGUCUGGCCAGACACCCCAACCAAAGAAAAACUCUUGACAUGUUCCUUUCGCAGUUUAACAGAAUCAAAGAGCUCUUCCAGACAACCAAGGAUAAUGUGGCAAGAUUUGUCGAGGUCUUUAUUGCAGUGCAGUACACAAGAGAAAACAUUGAAAUAUGCCGAGAAUUCUUCAGUAAAGAAGAAAACAUUGACGAUGCAUGGGUAUCCGCCAUCAAGAAAGGGCUUGAUGCAGCCGAAAACACAAACCGGUUCUAUGAACAGAAUCUUAAUGUGCUAAAGGAGUGGGCCGAGAAAGCCAAGCAGGAAUAG